AUGCCGCCACGUCAGACCCGUAGGGAAGCAGCUGAGAGCCUUGAGCGUGAGCAUAGCAGAGUGGCUGUGCUUGAGAACGCACCUGAGGAGUCAGGGGCAUCAAGCCCCUUAUCCCAGGCUCACAGCUCCCCUGGAGCAGAAGCCCAGCUUGCUACGGCCCUCGCCCUCGAAGCUGAGUUACAGCGAGAACUUAAGCUGAGAGAGGCGGGCGAGCGAAUCCGUCGACUACAGGAAUGCCUAGAGUGCGUAGGACAAGAGGAGGCUUCUGCCCACACUCUUAGGUCGGACGAGCGAAGCGUUACGACUACUAACGUUGGCGAACAUAACGAAUUCAUUACGAGCUGUGAGCUCGCCUUCCGCCUUGAACCACUAGCUAGGACAGAUGAGUUCCGCUGCGACUUUGCAGCUACGUGGCUUGAGGGGGAACCCCGAGACGCUUGGCUCCGGCACGAAAAGGAGCCUAACUUUCAGAAGACCUGGAAGGAAUUCAAGAGGUUCCUCCUUGAUCUAGUCCAGGACCCAGUGAAUAGGACCAUAUCAAUGGUGAUGAAGUACGAGGAGGCGCGACAACGAAGCAGCCAGUUGGCUCAAGCCUUCGCCACCUACCUUGAAACGUUAGAGGCGGAAAUGCCUGCGUAUAGCGAGGGGCACAGGGUGCAACACCUUCUUAUUGUCUACUACGAAGGAUACAAAAAAGAUGACGAGGAACCCCGUUGGGUCAAUCCCCUUAAGUACCUGAAACGGGUCCGACUCGGCUAA